UUAUUUUUUCCUUCGCCAAUCGAAAGAAAGGGAGGAAAAAAAGAGAAAAGAAAGAAAGAAAAUGCUCUCUUACCCUCUCCAUCUCUCUUGAUUCAAUAUCUCUCUCCAUUUCGAUCCAACAGCCAUGGCUUUUCCUUCUAGAAGAAGAAGAAGAAGCUGCUCUCUUCACGCAAUCCUCCUAUUUAGCUUCUUGUUUCUGAUUGGUCUCUCAUUCGCCGAGGAAGCUUCUCACGACGGCGAUUCUCCCAAAUUUCCCGGCUGCGAUCAUCCUUACAAUUUGGUCAAGGUUAAGAACUGGGCUCAUGGUGUUGAAGGCGAAACUUUUGCUGGAAUAACUGCUAGAUUUGGGGCUUUUCUGCCAAAAGAGGAGAAGAAUAGUUACAGAUUGACGGCUGUUUUCUCUAAUCCAUUAAAUGGCUGUUCGCCUUCUUCCUCCAAGCUAUCUGGUUCUAUUGCUAUGGCAGUGCGCGGUGGUUGCGACUUCACAACGAAGGCUGAAGUUGCACAGUCUGGAGGUGCAGCAGCCCUGUUGGUGAUAAAUGACGAAGAAGAGCUUGCUGAGAUGGGUUGUGAAAAGGGCACUUCUGCUCAAGAUAUUUCAAUCCCUGUUGUUUUGAUUCCAAAGUCAGGAGGUCAAUCUCUGAACAAAUCUAUUGUGGAUGGACAGAAAGUCGAGCUUCUGUUCUAUGCACCUGUUCGUCCUCCAGUGGAUUUGUCAGUGAUAUUUCUGUGGAUUAUGGCUGUCGGAACAGUUGUCUGUGCUUCAGUUUGGUCUGAGAUAGCUGCUUCAGAGGAGACCAAUGAGCGGUAUAAUGAAUUGUCACCAAAGGUUAAUGUGCACUCUUAUUUUCUUCAAGAAACUUCCAACGCCUCAGCAUUCAAAGAUGACACUGAGAAAGAGGUCAUUGAUAUUAAUGUGAAGAGUGCAAUUGUUUUUGUGAUAACAGCUUCUGCAUUUCUGUUGCUACUCUACUUCUUCAUGUCAAGCUGGUUUGUCUGGCUGCUGAUUGUACUCUUCUGCAUUGGUGGUAUUGAGGGGAUGCAUAAUUGCAUAACAACAGUGAUUUUAAGAAUAUGCAGAAACUGUGGGCGGAAGAAACUAAAUUUACCUCUUUUUGGAGAAACUUCUCUUUUCUCACUUCUUGUAUUAAUCUGCUGUGUGGUAUUUGCCACUGUGUGGGCUAUAAAUCGACAGGCAUCAUAUUCAUGGGCUGGACAAGAUAUUCUUGGCAUUUGCUUGAUGAUAACUGUCUUGCAGGUGGCUCGAUUACCUAAUAUCAAGGUUGCUACAGUACUUCUUUGUUGCGCAUUUGUUUAUGACAUCUUUUGGGUCUUUCUGUCACCGAUAAUAUUCCAUCAGAGUGUUAUGAUUGCGGUUGCUCGAGGUGACAACAGUGGCGGGGAAACUAUUCCGAUGCUUUUAAGAAUUCCUCGAUUUGCUGACGAGUGGGGUGGUUAUGACAUGAUUGGAUUUGGUGACAUUCUUUUUCCUGGCUUGCUUGUAUCAUUUGCUUUCAGAUACGACAAAGCAAACAAGAAGGGUAUAGCAAAUGGAUAUUUUCUUUGGUUAACAAUUGGCUACGGAGUUGGUCUUCUCCUCACGUACCUGGGCUUAUAUCUAAUGGAUGGGCAUGGUCAACCUGCGCUCCUCUACCUUGUUCCUUGCACUCUAGGACUUUGUAUCCUAUUGGGUCUAGUGCGAGGAGAGCUGAAGGACCUCUGGAAUUAUAGCUCUGAAGAUGCUUCAUCAAGGGGUUCAUCUGGCUUGGCAUGAAGCCAAAUGCAAAGGAAAUUACACUUUAAACACCUGAAUUGUGCCAUAAAGUAGCCGACCCCAUACAAUUCUUGUUAAUAGCAAUCUCAGGUUAAUAUGGUGACAUGGAUACACUAGUACAAGUGUCUGAACGUCUCACUGCAUUUUUCCUUGGCGUAUUCCAUCGUAACUUAUUCCUGUGUAUGUGAUCCUACAUUUGUUGCCAGUCAUAAUAUAUUUGUGACAUGUAUGAUGGAGAAAAUCGUUGUUUAA